CUACAUUUAUACCAUUCCAGUCCCUGCAUUGGUCAAGAUGCGCCGUGGGGGCAGACCGACGCUGAGGCAGGGCCUCGACAAGGAUAUCUACCAGAUCGUGCGCAAAAUUAUAGAUGACAAUGCGGAGAAUGACCAAUUCCGCCUAUCGGUCUCCGGGAUCUACGAUACCAUCAAGCGGUCCAAUUCCAGCUUAAACAGGAAGCCCAAGAGGAUCCUCGAGGACAGCAUCGAGCGAGUAGUGGGAGUACUCGGGGAAGAUGAGGACGACUCGAUAGACGGCGACUUUGAAGGGCUGGAGGAACAACCGGCACCUCCGGAGUCCAACAGCCUUAACAAGAGCCUGGUUGGCAUGUGGAACACAGGCACCGCCACUAAGCCGUCGAAACAGAGCGAUUCGAACACCGCCGAGACUACAGCACUGCCGGCGACGUCCACAUCCACGAAGAAACGACACCACGGCGGUGAGUCACAGUCCUCCAAGAGGCGCAAGGCCGAUGCCGCAGUCGACCGCUCUCCUCCCACUCAUGUCAGUCUUGCCGAUCUGGGUGGUUUGGACGAUGUGGUCCAGGAGCUUGGAGAUCUCGUCAUCCUGCCCAUGACCCGCCCGCAAGUCUACAUGUCGUCCAACGUCCAACCUCCCCGGGGUGUCCUGUUACAUGGUCCGCCAGGUUGCGGUAAAACCAUGAUUGCGAAUGCAUUCGCAGCCGAGCUGGGCGUCCCCUUCAUCUCCAUAUCCGCUCCAUCUGUCAUUUCCGGAAUGUCGGGAGAAUCCGAGAAGGCUCUCCGAGAGUACUUCGAAGAGGCUAAGAGAAUCGCUCCCUGCCUCAUAUUCAUCGACGAAAUCGACGCCAUCACCCCCAAGCGUGAAAGCGCCCAACGAGAAAUGGAAAAGAGAAUUGUCGCCCAACUUCUGACCUGCAUGGAUGACCUGGCUCUCGAGAAGACGGACGGAAAGCCCGUCAUCGUCCUCGCAGCCACCAACCGGCCCGAUAGCCUGGACGCAGCUCUGCGUCGAGGAGGCCGGUUCGACAAGGAAAUCAACAUGACCGUGCCAUCUGAGCCAGUCCGCGAGCAGAUCCUGCGCGCCUUGACCCGCAAGCUGCGUCUCGCCGACGACCUUGACUUCAAAACCCUGGCGAAGCGAACCCCCGGCUUCGUGGGAGCAGAUCUCAACGACCUCGUCGCAACCGCCGGCUCUGCCGCCAUCAAGCGAUAUCUCGAGCUCCUCAAGGCCAACAGCGGCGAGGAAAUGGAGAUCGAGGGUCAGGACGACAUCAGCCCCAAGGUCAAGGAAUUGCGCCAGCUCAUCGCCCACGCCAAAGAAACGCCUAUUGGCGACGAAACGCAAACGGUGCUGGUUUCCAACGGCGACUUCUUCACGGCCCUCCCAAAGAUCCAACCCUCCUCCAAGCGUGAAGGCUUCGCCACCAUCCCCGACACCACAUGGGCCGACAUCGGUGCACUGGGCGGUAUCCGCGACGAAUUGGCCACGGCCAUCGUCGAGCCCAUCAAGAACCCCGAAGUGUACGCCAACGUUGGUAUCACUGCCCCUACCGGCGUCCUCCUCUGGGGUCCCCCAGGUUGUGGUAAAACCCUCCUGGCCAAAGCCGUGGCCAACGAGUCCCGCGCCAAUUUCAUCAGCGUCAAGGGUCCCGAACUCCUCAACAAAUUCGUUGGUGAAUCCGAACGCGCCGUCCGCCAGGUCUUCGUCCGUGCCCGCUCCUCCGUCCCCUGCGUCAUCUUCUUCGAUGAACUUGACGCCCUCGUUCCCCGUCGCGACGACACUCUCUCCGAGGCCUCUGCCCGCGUCGUCAACACCCUCCUCACCGAACUCGACGGCCUCGGCAGCAGUCGCCAGGGCAUCUAUGUUAUCGCCGCCACCAAUCGCCCCGAUAUCAUCGACCCCGCCAUGCUCCGUCCUGGCCGUCUCGAAACCCUCCUCUUCGUCAACCUGCCCAGUCCCCUCGAGCGCGUUGAGAUCCUGCAAACCAUCGUCCGCAAUCUGCCCAUCGAAUUCAACGAGGACCUUCACCGUCUGGCCGAGGAGUGCGAGGGCUUCAGUGGUGCCGAUCUGGGUAGCUUGCUUCGUCGCGCCGGUUACUCGGCUAUCAAGAGACGCGAUACCAUCAAAUUCGAGGACUUCGUUGCCGCCAAGGCAUUUAUUAGACCCAGUGUGACGGAUUUAAAGAAGUAUGAGAAGUUGCGCAGGGAUUGGAGUGGUGGGGUCAUGUAAAUACAAUACUAU